GGUCUGCCAGUCUGUACCUGCCUGCUGACUGCUCACAGUUCACUCUAGGCUCGGGUCAGAUACCCCCAAAGUCUCAGCUGCUUUCCUCCUUCACACAGCCAUGGGGACCACUGCCGUUGCCAUGGUGAUGCUGUGCGUGAUGAUGGUGCACGCAGAUGUGAAGCCGCAGAAAGAUUUCAACCUGCAGAAGUUUGCAGGGAUAUGGUACCGUGUGGGCCUCGCCUACGACUCUCCAAGCUUCGUCCCCUACAGAGACAAAAUAAAGGCCUCCAAGGGGAUGAUCACACCGCUGGCCAACGGCAACGUCAACCUCACCAUGUGGGACGCAACGCCUCUAGGUUGCAUCAGUAAAUUCUACCAGUACGAGAGGACCAGCGUUCCCGGACAGUUCACCUACUUCAGCACACGCCACAACAUGGUGAAGGACAUCACUGUGGUGGACACAAACUACACUGAGUACGCCGUGGUGCUCAAACACAAGGUCUUCCACAGAGAGUACACGCAGGUGGCACUUUAUGGUCGCUCUCAGAGAGUCAGGAAUGAGACCAUUCAGAAGUUUAAAGCCUUCGCUCUGUCCCGCGGUUUCCCCAGAGAGUCUAUUCUGACUCCACCUCCAGCAGAAAACUGUCCGGCAUCCACAUCUGGGUAGCUCGGUUCCCUGAUGUUCUGCUUCUGCGCCGUGAAGCAAAAAUUUUCCUCUGUGCAAACACAGUUCUGACUGCAGACAUCUUUAGUAGCAAAAUAUUACUGAUGGAAUUUAUCUAUCAACCUCUUUAACUUUUGUGUUUCAUUAUUUUCAUAGUUCUUCUAUUCUGACAUAAAUAAACAACAAUCCUCUAAGUUUUA